AUGGUGGUGGCGGUUGGGAAGAGGGUUCUCGAUUCUGGGUGGAUAGCGGCUAGAUCGACGGAGGUCAAGCUCACCGGGAUUCAGCUCACUACCACUAACCCUCCUUCCGUCGGACCCAAGUCGCCAUGGAUGGAAGCUGUUGUCCCCGGAAGUGUUUUGGCAACCCUUGUAAAGAACAAAGUAGUUCCUGAUCCCUUUUUGUUUCGCCAAGCUGCUUGCCUUUGCUUCAUUGGUGCUAACGGAAGAAUUAAUGGUAGGCAAAUUGUAGGGGCGGUGAUGAAUUAUUUUGAGCAGGAGGUUGGGCCCUUUGCUUGGUGGCGGUGGUUUUUUUUUAUUUGA